AUGGCCAAGGUCGACAAGGUCCCUCUAUCGAACAUCCUCCCGCCGCUGAUUUUCGGAACGGCGACAUUCAAUUACCAGUACAAUGACGAUCCCUACGGAAUGGACACGACGGGCCUCGUAAAGAAAGCGUUGGAAUUCGGUGUUCGUGCUUUCGAUACAUCACCAUACUAUGGUCCUUCGGAGGAGAUUCUUGGUGCAGCGCUCGACACGGACUUUGUGCGUGAGAACGUGCCCCGUCGGGACUUCUUCCUCAUUACGAAAUGCGGACGUGUUGCGUCUGACGAGUUUGACUAUUCAAGAGAAUGGGUAUACCAAAGCAUCCAGCGCAGUUUGGAGAGGCUGAGGACACCUUAUUUGGAUCUGGUGUAUUGUCAUGAUGUGGAGUUUGUCACGGAGGAAGAAGCGAUGGAGGCUAUUCGCGAGCUACGAAGAAUACGCGAUGAGGAGGGAACUAUCAAGUAUGUGGGGAUUUCUGGAUACCCUCUACCUGUGUUGUGUUCGAUUGCACACCGAGUACUGCGCGAGACGGGCGAGCCUCUUGAUGCUGUCAUGUCGUACUCGAACUUUACGCUGCAGAACCAGCUGCUCGCUUCGACCGGCAUCAAGCAGUUGAAGGAGGCGGGUGUGGAUGUUGUACCCAAUGCGUCGCCGCUCUCCAUGGGUCUCCUUCGAAGGGAGGGCGUUCCCAUUGGAGCCAUGGGCAAUUGGCAUCCUUCCAGCAAUGAGAUGCGUGCGGCUGUUAAGCGGGCGAGUGAUUUCUGCGACCGUCAUGACGAGAAGCUGGAAGUUGUCGCCAUCCGAUAUGCAUUGGAAAGCUGGUUGAAACUCGGUGCAGAGGUGGGAUCCCGCGGCGAUCCUGCUUCCGGGGUUCCCUGGCAGCGAGAGUCCAACCUCCAAGUUGGUGGUAACAGACUGGGAGUCAGUGUGAUGGGUGUCAGCAAAGCCAGCGAGUUGGAAAAGACGAUGCAGGUGUGGAGGAGUAUCCUUGAUGGGUUGGAGAAUGGACAGGAGACUGCGGACCGAGCUGGGCGGUGGAAGCGCGACCACGAGUGGAGUUUGAAUCGACAGAGAGCCGUGCAGAUUCUCGCCGAUGGCAUCCAAGAACAUCUGGAUGAAUUCCUCGACUACACGUGGGACUCACCUCCCAAGGGCUUCGUGGUGAAGUCGAAGCGGGCAAAGCAGGAAUUGCUGCAAGCAGACGAGACGCUGUUGUUUACACCAGCGGCAUCUCCCCAGCCCGAAGACAGUGGCUAUUGCGCAGACGCGACUUUGCCGCUACGAUAG